AGCGAUAACGACCUUAGGGGUCAAUUACGUCAUUCUUGAUGUAAAAAAGGAGAAGGCUAAAGACGUACACACUUACAUAACCAACUCCUUUAAGCGAUGAUGCUAAGCGGCACAACAUUCAACAGGAGAGAGGGAAUGGAUAAAGAAUGGAGGUAUGUUAUAAUGUGCAGUCAGGCAUUAUGUGAACCUUGAAUUAUUCAGCCGUCAAACAUCAAUAAAACAUACACUUUUGUGCAUGUACUGGUGCCUGGAGGCCUUUGCAUGUCUAAGUCAAAAAUGGAGAGGGUGAAUUGAACUACCUGUAUAGGGAAUGUGAAAAUUGAUAUACAACCCAAACAUUGUACACUAUUAUUCUGUAAUUCUUAUCUCAAUAUUCAGUGAGCGGUUUGCCGGUGUGUUACUCUCUGGUGUCAUCUAUUUGGCAGGAAAAAGGCUCUUUGGCACAGGAUCCCAAAAGGAAGAAAUGAUGUCAUAUUUCUGUUUUUUUUAUUUUUUAUCUUGGCAGAAUAACUCAUGGCACUUAGUCAACCUCUUUCUUAUAGAUGUUUGAAGAUGCUGCUGUCUGUUUUCCACCUGGUGGGACAUCAUUUAGAAAUACAUGAAUAAAUUAAGAGUUAGAACUGCACCCAGUUCCUAUCUGCAGCGUCAUUCACAACUAGAUUUCAUUUCAAUUACAUCGAUACGUAAUCGGAUAAUGCGUUUUUAGGUUGUUGCAUUUUUCUGUGAAGGACAGUAAAGCUUUGGUUUUAUUGGAAGUAAGAAACGGUCUCAUGCCUUUGUUCCAUGUUUGAGGAAAUACAUGCAAAAUAUUUUCAAGUAUAUUUUCCAUCUGGUAGCCUAUUUUUGAUGUGGGUCUCACUGGUUUAAUGACCAAGGUCCGGUCAGUGUCUGUGCCAUCUGUGCCAGGCAGGGGUGGACGUGGGCGGGGGUGACAUGAUUUACAUAACAGAUUCCAGACAGAGUCGCCCCUUGUUCGUAAAGGGUUCAGUGCCAGUGUGCCACGUCAUGAUGCCUUGGACAGAAAUACAUCUCACCUAGUUUUACUUUUCUCACAGAUCCAAAGGGGAAAAGGCAGCGUUAAGCACCAUGGGACCAUUCCAGGAAUAUGAGGAAAAGAAGUCGCCAGGGAAGGAGAGCCCCCGCAGCCGCAUCCCACGCUUGAUCCUCCAUCCUUUCCAGCCUAAUGAGAAAGGGUCACCCCUGUCCGAAUCACCCAUUUCAGAGGAGGAGGGUAAGGACUGUGACAUCAGCUCGGACAACUCCAAACGGACCAUCAGCACCAACAGCUUUUGCUCAGAUGACACCGGCUGCCCCAGUAGUCAGUCUGUGUCCCCCUCCAAAACCCCAUCAGGCUCAGACAACAGUCCGCAUGGCUCCCCCACGCCCACCGCCGAGUGCAAGACCAAGGUGAAGAGGGUGAGGGUGAUGGAAGAGUGGCACGCACCCCCGGCAAGGCACAAGAGGGAGCAGCGAUCGUCCACAUUGCCCAGAGGUAGUGAGGCAGACUUCAGCUCCUCCAGCAGCACUGGCAGCCUAAAGCGAGGGGGGAGCCUGGCCCACAGCUCCACAGGGAAGAAGAUCUCCUCACGCAGUCGGGGUGCCCACAUCAGGAGCCUCCCUGUGUUCAAGCUGGCAGGGAUCCCCUCAGCAUCCCGUGAUGCAGAGCUCUAUGCCCCGUACAGGACAGUUCCCUCAUCCACCACCAACAGCAGCAGCAACUCUAGCCCCACAGUACCCUCCAGGAUGACCCCCAGAAGAUACCACUCCUGUGGGGACAACCAUGGCAUCAGACCCCCCAAUCCAGAGCAGUACCUCACCCCCCUGCAACAGAAGGAGGUGGCCAUUCGCCACCUGAGGAGCAAGCUGAGGGAGGUGGAGAACACCGUCCACGACAGGGAGUCUGAGAUUGAGAAUCUCAAGUCCCAGCUGGGACGGAUGAGGGAGGACUGGAUCGAGGAGGAGUGCCACCGCGUCGAGGCACAGCUGGCCCUAAAGGAGGCACGAAAGGAGAUCAAGCAGCUCCGGCAGGUUGUAGAGACCAUGAAGAGCAGCCUGAUGGAGAAGGACAAGGGCAUCCAGAAGUACUUUGUUGACAUCAACAUCCAGAACCGCAAGCUGGAGUCCCUGCUGCACAGCAUGGAGAUGGCCCAGAGCGGCUCCACGCUGCAAGACGAGCCAACCAUGGACUUCAUCUGUGGCGACUCCGACUCCCCUGUUAACGACCAGCAGGGGGAGGUGGGUGACCAGGCGGUGGAGGAGAUGGUGGACAGUGGGCUGCUGGUCAACGACAACCUGGAGCACGUGCUCAUGUCCACGGCGGUGGACUCCAGCCACGACUCUAGCGGUAAGCUGCGCUGCCACCCAGAGGCUGGUCCGGGGGUGUCCACUCUACUCCACAGUCUGGAGGAGAAGGUCACACCACUGCCUUCACCACCCUCCAACACGUUCUGCUGCAGCACACUCCCCUUCCCUGCUCCAGAGGACAAGGCCGUUCAGACCGAGGUGGUGUCCUUCCCUCCUGACCUGCACACCCUCCUGCUGCACUUGCUGAAGCUCCAUGGUGGUGCAGUUGGAGAUGCUCUCCUCCCAGCUUCUACCAGCCUUCUAGAAAUCCCAGCACUGCAGGGCCCAGCCUCGACCCCUCUCCCAUCCAGCCCUAACCAGUCCACCUUAAGCCUGCCUAGCCCCAGCCAGCCCACACCAGUUUUGCCAGUGAGCCCUGACAUGUCCAGUGAUUCAGGCCUGUGUUGCUCAGACCCUGAGGUGAUGGUCUCCAUGCGCUUCAUGGAGGAGCUGGAUUUUGAGGUGAGCAGUGAGGAGCCCUGCAGGGCCCCCGAGAUGGACGUGGUCAACAAACGCUAUUGGAGCAGCAGCUUCCUUGUCGAUCUUGUUGCUGUGGCCGUACCAGUGUUGCCCACGGUGGCCUGGCUGUAUUCCCGGCAUGGCGUGGAUGGGGCGGCACCAGUCUACAACAUCGCAGCACUGAUCCGUGGCUGUUGCAUGAUGGGCUUGCACUCUCUCCGUCAUGUCACUCAUCAUCAUGGGGCAGAUGUGUAACGAACGGCCUCUGACCCCUGCAUGCACAGCCCGACCCCUCAACUUGAAGCACUUAUACAUCAGUUAAUCAAAGAGUAUUUGUGAAAAUCUUUAGUUUUUCUACACUUGAGAAUAUUAAAGCUACUGUUAUUAAUUUAGGUUCCCACGCGGUUACUUUGCACUGUGUACAGUUGUUGUGAGUUAUGUGAAAUUUAUGGUGAAGGGAUUUUAUUUACUUUCCAUCUGUUCUGUUAUCAUAAUUGUGUCUAAAUGGAUAAUCUGAGUAGGUGGUUAUGCAUCAUUGAUGUCCUGGGCUGGCACUAGUUACCCCUACUUAAAGCAACUAUGUUAUUUUUCUGAAAGUAUUAGGAUUUCUGAGGGUGGGGAUGAAAUUGAAUGUUAGUUUAAGCAAGCGUUUGUAAUGGUUUAUGUUCCCAAAUCUUAAACCUGCAGCCAAAGCUUCAUUAGUGAACGUUCACUCAAUGUUUAUUUUUCUACCUGGGAGUAGAGCUUUUUACGUACGUGUGUAACAAAUUGUUGAUGGGAGUAUGAGCUCAAUGCUUCGAAACAUCCCAUACUCGUUUGUGCCUGAGCUACUUUGUGUAAUACUCUUAACAUCAAAUGUCCUAAUAUAUUUAUUAAAGCAUGAUAAUCCAAUCCA